AUGGCAACUGCUCAGAAGCAAAGGAACUGCAUGAGUGCAGUGGUGUUCCCAAAAACAAUAGGCACGGAGCAGCAGUCCCUGAUGCUGGUGAAGAGGCUCCUGGCAGUGGCCGUGUCCUGCAUCACGUACCUGAGAGGAAUCUUCCCUGAGAGUGCCUAUGGAACCAGAUACAUGGAUGAUGUCUGUGUCAAAAUCCUGAGGGAAGACAAGAACUGCCCCGGCUCCAGCCAGCUGGUGAAAUGGAUGCUGGGCUGCUACGAUGCCUUGCAGAAGAAAUACCUAAGGCAGAUUGUCCUGGCAGUCUACACCCAGCCAGAAGACCCUCAGACAGUCACAGAGUGUUACCACUUCAAGUUCAAGUACACCCAGCACGGGCCACUCCUGGAUUUCGGCAGCAGGGAGCGCUCGGGCUCGCCCAUCCCGUGCGCGGACACGAAGCGGGCGAGCAUCCUGCUCAUCCGCAAGAUCUUCGUGCUGAUGCAGAACCUCAGCCCGCUGCCCAGCGACGUCUGCCUCACCAUGAAGCUGCUCUACUACGAUGAGGUGACCCCCCCUGAUUACCAACCCCGCUUCAGGGAGGCCAAGUGCGAGGGGCUGAUGUUUAACGAGGAGCCCACCUACCUGAACGUGGGGGAGGUGCCCACCCCCUUCCACCUGCUGAAACUCAAGAUCACCACCGAGAAGCAGCGCAUGGAGAACGUGGACAGAAACAUCCUGAGGCAGGGAAGGAGGGAGGAGCCAGGAGGGGAGAUCCAGGGCAUGAAUGAGGAUCCUGUCCCGGAUAACAGGGUGGUGGAGGAGAACCACGAGAACGUUUCAGAAGCUCAAGAAACGAACUCCACCUGUGGAGAGGAAGCUGGAGGGAUCCACACUCCCAAUGUUUGUAACCCUCAGGUGGAUCAUUUGGCCCGAAAAACGUCUGAGCUGGUUGUGUCAGAGAGCAGGACGAGGAGUGGGAAGAUAUUUCAGAGCUGCCUUGUGCACCAGGCCGAGCUCUCCUCCAGCCAGGACGUGCUGCCCAAGAGGAGGAAGCUCAGCGAGCCCAAGGAGCAGUUUUAGCUGCCAAACAUCUCCUGGAAUUCUCCCACCUGCCUGUUGGUCCCCAGGGAUCUGUUCCGCUCCCUCAGCACUUCCCAGCGUGUUUUUAGGGAAGGAAAAGCCAGGAAAGCCCAGCUGGAAGAUUCAGGGCCCGGCAGGUGGGACCAGAAAACCCCUAAAAGGGGUUUUGGGGUUGACUCCGGGCACGUCCGUGUCCUGAUGGGGGUGGAGCAAAGCUCAUUCCCACAGAGCCUUUGGAAUUUUUAUCCUGGUCCCCCAAAACCUGCCCAGUCCUGGAGGUGAUUCCCAGAGUUUCCUGGCUGUUCCAGUGUUUGCUUUUCCUGCUGGGACACUUGGAGGGUUUGAUGAGUUGUUUGUGGUUCUUCCCUGUCAGAAAAUCCAGGGAUUUCUGCUGCCUUUAACUCCAGAUUCCCUACCAGAAAAUCCUGGAAUUUCUGCUGCCUUUAACUCCAGAUUCCCUGCCAGAAAAUCCAGGGAUUUCUGCUGCCUUUAACUCCAGAUUCCCUGCCAGAAAAUCCAGGCAUUUCUGAUUCCUUUAACUCCAGAUUCCCUGCCAGAAAAUCCAGGGAUUCCUGAUUCCUUUAACUCCAGAUUCCCUGCCAGAAAAUCCUGGAAUUUCUGAUUCCUUUAACUCCAGAUUCCCUGCCAGAAAAUCCAGGCAUUUCUGAUUCCUUUAACUCCAGAUUCCCUGCCAGAAAAUCCAGGGAUUCCUGAUUCCUUUAACUCCAGAUUCCCUGCCAGAAAAUUUAGGAAUUUCUGAUUCCUUUAACUCCAGAU